AUGAGACUUCCUUCGGCAUACGCCCUGACGGCGACGCUCGCAUUUGGCAGCGUCGCUUCGGCCGAGUUGGUCGACAGCAGUCUGGUCGGCACAUGGGCAACAAAGGCCAACAAGACCUUGACUGGUCCCAGUUUCUAUGACCCCGUCAACGACAACAUGAUCGAGCCCUCGCGACCCGGCAUCUCAUACUCCUUUACAUCCGACGGUUUCUACGAGGAAUCCUACUACCGCGCCAUCUCAAAUCCUGCCGACCCCUCAUGUCCCGGUGCCAUCAUGCAAUGGCAACACGGUAGCUACGUGAUCGGCAGCGACGGUUCCCUGACCAUGACACCCAUCGCCGUCGACGGCCGCCAAUUGCUGUCUCAGCCCUGCCAAAACAGCCACGCCAUCUACACGCGCUACAACACCACCGAGAAGAUGAAGGGAUACCGCGUCUACACCGACCCCUACCACGGUAUCCUCCGCCUCGACCUCACCGAGUUCGACGGCAAAAUCAUGCAACCAAUGUACCUCGUCUACAACCCUCCGGAGAUGCUGCCAACCCAAACCCUUAACCCCACUCUCGCUGCCGGCACCACCCCCACUUCAAAAGCAAAGCGCCAUGUUGGUAGAGAGGUCCCCACGAAUUUCAAGAUGGGCGUUCAGAGCAAGGUCAUGAACCCUGAUGGUUGGUGGUGGAUGGGCUUGACUUUCACCGGCAUUGGCGGUUUGCUUUACUUUGGUCCCAGAAGGAUGUAA